AUGGCUUCAGUUGUUAGUGAAAGCGAAGAUACUGAAAUAAUUUCUGCUGAAGAUAAAAGUACUGAAGUUACUACUACUGGAAGUACCGAAGUCACUAUUACUAGAAGUACUGAAGUCACUACUACUGGAA